AAAAUGUUGCUAAUAUAAAAAAUAAACAACGGGUUGAAGCUUCAUUUUUGGUGAAGGCUGCCAUGGCCGACACCUGCAGGAACAAAAACAAGCGUUUCGACAUCGGAUUCGAGAAGCCGAACGGAACCAGUGGCGGAGAUGAAGAUGAAACGGAUGGUGAGGAGAGUGACGUGGAGGUCUGGGACACGCUAAGCAACAGCUUUAAGAAGGCGCAGGCCGUAUUGAAUCAGAACCGGGAACUCAUCCAGAGAGUGAACGAGAAUCACCAGUCAAAGAUUCCCGACAAUCUCGUUAAGAACGUCGGUUUGAUACGGGAGAUCAACGGGAAUAUCUCAAAGGUUAUCGAGAUUUACUUAAAUUUGUCGGUCAAUUUCUUGGACACUGUUGAUCAACGCAAAAGGACCGGGAACGGGAAGGUGGAAAGCCGGCGCUCUUGAACUAAAUUCGACUGCGGGACUUCCUUGUCCCUUCUAAUCUUGCCGGCAGACAGACUUAUACGAGGUAUUUUCUCUGUUUGCAUUUUUUCGUA